GAAGAAAGAGAAAUGGCAGGGAGCGGAGACAAUUUGCAGAGCGGUGAAGGCAACAACAGCAACCCCGAUGUUCCACUGUUCGGAGUGGUGGUGGGUGGAGUAGGGGGCGUGGUCUUAUUGUCAGUUACGGUCACAGUACUCAGUGUUGCAUGUAUCUACUGCUGCAAAAGGAGACACAGGCAGAGUGGGCCACUGAGUGUGGCAACAUCUGCUGCAGGCUCUGGUGUUAACAAUGAAGAUGAUGUGAGAUUGCUGACUAUGAGACAGAGGGAACUAACAUCUCCUCUGCCUGGUUCUGCUCCACCACCGUCAAGUGGUUUUCUCCACACCUCACCUCUCCAGACUUCUAACUCGGCUUUCAUCACACUCGACGGGUCACAUUACCCCAGGAGAGCUGGCAGAGCUCUAUGA